GUGCGAGCCUUAGCACAAGGUCGGCGACCAGAUCCAGCCUGUAUUUCUGUUACCAAUAUUGAAGAAGGCGAAGUGGAUACACCCGUGAUAUCAUUCGCACUCUACAUAUCAGUUGUACUAUUGCUAUUUCUACAACUGGCGUUCGCCGUCGUCUCCGCGUGUCUGGCCUUCGUGAACGUAGUGAAAAACCCAACUGAAGCUGUUUUUGGUUUACCAGGAUGCCUCUGGUGUAACGUAAUGACAGCAGUCCUCGGUAUCGCAGUGCUGUUGACCUUUGGCAUCUACUAUACCGUGUCAAGGCUACCAUAUCAUAUGGCCGUGGGCUAUGUUGCUUUGGGAUAUUUUUAUAACUGGUGGCCGAUACUAUCGUACUCGUAUUGGAUCCUAACUGGUGCCGUGCUUUGUUCUGUAAUAAACGUGGUUCUUCUAGUGGUGAGACGGUAUCUGCUGGAACGGGAUCCUCCAUCGCCCACAAUAAAGGUGGAAAAUAAUUCCGAUGACAAUACAGUCGUAAAUUUAUAAUAUUAUUUUAAGCAAAUGUUUAUUAAAAUGAAAGUUUCAAAAAUAAAUUCUAAACAUUAUUAUUUGUUUCCCGCUGGCAACUCGUGAUUAUGGAGGAAGUAAAAUGAGUAACCGUCCCGAAAUACCGGAAAAAUAAUAAGUCGUAACUUAAUCGUGUGACUAGUGGAAAUUAUAAAUGAUUAAUUAUUAAAAUCAUAAAAGUUAUACAAGUCUGCAAUUGCCAGGUUACAUGUAUCUUUGCGUUAAAGUUUUUGU